UUCAACAGGAAUAUGUAGCUUGCUUUCACUUCAAAAUCUCUUCAUUUCCUUACGCAGAAGCAAUAUUUGUUCAAGCACCACAAGCAAAAAACAACUCCAUCUCCACAAAUAUAUAUAGUACCCGAAAUCCCAUCUCAAAUUAACCCGGUAAUUAUUUUCAGAUAAAACAUACAUUGGAAACUAAUUUCUUACCAUAGAUAUUAUUACAUGGAGAUUGGCAAGAAAAUGGCUCUUCUUGUGGGGUGCAACUACCCCAACACACCCCACGAGCUCCAUGGAUGCCACAACGAUGUUCUCGCCAUGCGUGAGAUUCUCAUAACUCGAUUUAAAUUCGACCCGAAAUUUAUUGAGCUUCUGAUAGACAAGCCCAAAAAUUCGAUCAUGCCCACAGGCGCCAAUAUCAAGAACACACUAACGAAAAUGAUCGAUCGGGCAGAAAAAGGAGACACCUUGUUUUUCCAUUACUCUGGCCAUGGAACUUUGAUCAAUAAAAAUUCAUCCAAGCAAGAGGAAGCAAUUGUACCUUGUGAUUUCAAUCUCAUCACCAGUGCUGAUUUCAGGCAGCUUGUGAAUCGUGUUCCGAAAGGAGCAGCCUUUACUAUCCUGUCUGAUUCUUGCCACAGUGGAGGGCUUAUAGACAAAGAAACAGAGCAAAUAGGCCCUGAAAAAGAAAAAGAAAACGGCGUUAAUCAGGACUCUUACAAGACGAAAGAGAUUCCAUUUGAAUCAUUACUGCAGUACUUCACAUCCUUAACAAACAAAAUCAACAGAGACAUAGGCACACACUUGCUCGAAGUGUUUGGAGAAGAUGCUAGCAUCAUGUUUAACGAGCUCCAGCCAAUCGAAAAGAAGCCGUUGAAGCCAGACGAAGGGAUCUUGCUUAGUGGCUGCCAAACAAAUGAAACUUCAGCUGAUGUGGAAAUUAAUAAUAUGGAUAAUGGAAGAAAACCUUGUGGAGCCUUUAGUAAUGCUGUUCAAAUGGUCUUGAAGGAAAACCGAGGCCCGUUGAGCAACAGACAAAUUGUGAUGCUGGCUAGAAAGAUUCUGAUGAUGCAGCACUUCAACAACCAGCAUCCUUGUCUCUAUUGCAGUGACGAGAAUGCCGAUGAAAUGUUCUUGAGUCCACCACAGAAGACAUGUCAUGUGCAUGAGAUAUAGCAUGUGUAAAUCCUGCCUUAAGUUCUUGUUUAUUAUGACAAGAGGAUAAUAAGAUUUGUGCAAAAUGUAAUCAUUUGUUCAAAAUUAAACUAAAGAAAGUAUAUUGACAUAAAACAACUACAUCGAAAAAAAAAAAA